CAUUAUUUACAAUAGGAAAAAAUUACUAUAAAAAUUAUACUCCGUUACAAGUUAUAGAUAAAAAUAUUUCAUCUUCUGUUCAUUUACAGUAAAGCAUUUAAGAAAUGUUAAAUUUGCAUAUUGGAUAAUUAAAAAUAGAGAAAUUUUUAUUCGUAUAAAUAAGAAUUUAUAAAAAUGUAAAUAAUUAUAAUAUCGUAAAAACAAAAGUUUUAGCUAAUUUUAAUAGUCUACUUGUAAUACAAUGUUAUAUUUAUAUGUAAAUAUAUUAAUAUAUUAAUAAAAUCUUUUCCUCGAGUUGAUAAUAUUUACGUUGAUCAGCGCUCUCUAUUUCUUGUAGCAGAAAAUGUUCUAUACGACUUGUUCUAAGUUGCACACUAACCUAUAGACGACAUGGCAAAGGAACUACACAAAUGUUUGAUAAAUUAUUUCUCACAGUUAGAGAAAGUAAGUUGCAAAUGGAAUCAAUUGUCCGAAGAAGCCAAACGGCCUUUACACGGAUUAAAGAAUCAAUCAGAGCAACUCCGACUCGUCAUAAGCAAUGAAGUCGAUGAUGCAGAACUCUGUAAAAUAGAUGAGUUACGCGAAAGAUUGAUUUUUAAAAUUCUUAUGGGAAUCGACAGUGAACUUGAACUGCUCUUAGAUAUUUUGACACGAUUUAAUAACAUUAAUCAAGAUUUAAAAAAUCGUUUAAACAAUUUGGAAGAAACAAGAAGCAAAAUUUCAUUAGAUGAAGAAACGAUGAAAGAAUUAAUCAAUGGUACACCUUAUAGACCAAGAUUAAAUUUACUUUUACAAUGGGCUAUCGAAGCUUUCAAUUACUACCACGAAUUAUAUCUGCUGAUCAAUAAGAACAUAAAACAAUUCAAUUAUAAAGACGAGGAAACGGUAGAAAAUUUAAUAAAGUCUUUUGUCGAGGAUCGGUUUAAAAAACCGCGGAUCGAACGAAUACUCUAUUUCACACAAUUUCUAAUAAAAGAAUCCGUUCAUUAAGUAUUUUUUUUUUUUUUAUUACAU